AUGCUGGGACAGGCAGGAGAUGCAGAACUCCUGCUUUUGCGAGAACAGCUGGCCGAAGAGCGGGAGCGCUCGCAACCCAGCGCAGAGAGGGCGGACAUGGGCAGAAAUGUGCGGCUGCGAAAGAUCUCUUGGUCGACCAAUCGGGUGCUGUUGGAAUUCUGCGCAGUUCAGAUCUACCUGUCGUGGUGUGGAUGUGCUUGUCGGGAGGCUGCAGAGGACGAAAGCGGCGCGCCGGCUGUGGAGAAGCUUCUGCAGGACGAGGUGAAGCAGCAGGGUAUGGAGCUGGACAGGCUUCGUGCAGAAGUUCGAUCGUGCCAGCAGCAGAUACAGGCAGAACAGAAUGUGUCCAACGAUCUUCGUGAACAGCUGCAAACACAGCAGGCAGGAGAUGCAGAACUCCUGCUUUUGCGAGAACAGCUGGCCGAAGAGCGGGAGCGAAGAGAAGCCCUCGAAAACUCCAAGGCUGCAGAGGACCAAAGCGGCGCGCCGGCUGUGGAGAAGCUUCUGCAGGACGAGGUGAAGCAGCAGGGUAUGGAGCUGGACAGGCUUCGUGCAGAAGUUCGAUCGUGCCAGCAGCAGAUACAGGCAGAACAGAAUGUGUCCAACGAUCUUCGUGAACAGCUGCAAACACAGCAGGCAGGAGAUGCAGAACUCCUGCUUUUGCGAGAACAGCUGGCCGAAGAGCGGGAGCGAAGAGAAGCCCUCGAAAACUCCAAGGCGCAGCUUGUAACGUCGCCUGCCGAACACGACACUCCUCUGCUGAUCAGCCGGCAAGUGUCAGAUGCGUCUGACAUCCACCAGACGGCACCGGAAGCUCCGACUGCCGAAUCCAACCAGCCAAGCGCAAUCCAGCGAGGCACACCAGAGCCAGAGCAGCAAGAGCAGCCAGAGGCCAGCCUGAGUCCCACGAAGCUGGAGGCGACUAAGCCCGGUUCGGGUACGUCAGGUGUGGACGAGAACGAGACUGCAGAGCAUGCUGGAGGGCUGACUCAACAACCGGAAUCAAGCGCACAUGAGGAGGAACCGCCAGCAGCACCGCCGGGUGUAGAUCCACCUGGUUCGCAGGGAGAGGACAAGCUUCAGUACAUCGAGCAGUCAGCAGCGGAGCGGCAGCCCCCACAGCCACAGCAGGAGAGUUGGCCCUCACAAGACCAGGAGCAAAAGAGGCGAGAAGACAUGAGCCACGCCUGUGUCGGUCCAAUGCCCCUGUGGCACAUGUCGAACAUCUGCAGGAGCGCCCAAGCCACAGCAAGCAGAAAGACGCUCCCGGAGACGCCAGAGGUCAGCGGGUGCCGUGUCGGAUCCUGCAAAACAUGUCCGAUGAGCGUUCCACCAACACAGCAAGUGGUGCAGACGUCACGGGGUCACGGGUUUGUGAAUUGCGCACCUGAUCGUCGUAUCGCCUUUAGAUAUCUAUGGACUUCAGGAGUCGAACUGUGGAAGCGUGGUCGGUGA